AUGGUCAAAUCUUCUAUGGUUGCUAAGAGGUGGUCUACUCAAUUAAAAGACCACCCAGAUUGGAUGAUGAGAAAGUUCAAGGAUAAGGUGUGCAGUCAAGAAGGAUUUUAUGUGAGUGAUUCCCAAGCCUAUAGGGCUAUUUGGAAGGCAAAGAAGCUAAGAGAAGGUGAAGAGGAAGAUAACUUCAAAAACAUUUGGAGGUACUAUGAAGAAAUUUGUAAGACAAAUCCUAGGUCAAGAUGUAUUAUCAAGACCAGUGACCUGCUAGAUGGGAGUGGACAAGAAAGAUUUUUGAGAAUAUAUGUUUGCUGGGAUAGUAGCAAGCAAGGCUUCAAGAACUGUAGAAAACUGAUAGGGGUAGAUGGCUGUCACCUUAGAGGUGCAACAGGUGGGAUGCUACUGACUACUGUGACUGUAGAUGCAAAUGAUAGUAUAUUUCCACUAGCUUAUGCUGUUGUGGAAGGAGAGAAAAGAGAGUCCUGGACUUGGUUUCCAAUGCUUCUGAAAGAUGAUAUGGAGAUAAGCCCCACUGUGGAAGAUGAAUACUGUUUCAUAAGUGACAAACAAAAGGGAUUAAUUCAAGCCUUUGGGGAGGUGCUACCUAGUGUGGAGCACAGGUUUUGUAUGAGACAUUUGCAUGCAAAUAUGAAGGUGGCAGGUUUCCAAGGAAAGGCAAUUAAGGAUGCUCUAUGGGCUUGUGCUAGGGCAACCACUGUAAACAAAUUCAAUGAUGCUUUAAGAACAUUAAGGAGAUUAGAUGAAGAUGCAUACCAAUGGUUAGGGGACAAUCCAAUCAUUGACUGCUUAGAGUGGAUAAGGAGGAUGAUCAUGGGUAAAUUGUUUGAGAACAAACAGAAAGCAACUGAAUGGAAGACUUUGAUAUCUCCUAACAUUGUCAACAAGUUAAAGGUGAUUGAGAAGGAUGCAGCAGGUUACCAGGCCACACAAUGUGAUUUCUUCAAGUUUGAGGUUCAACAACUAUAUGGGGAUCGACAACAAGUUGACUUGGAAAGACAACAAUGUUCUUGUAGGAGGUGGGAGCUGAGUGGCAUUCCAUGCAAGCACGCAAUCUGUGCUAUUUAG